UAACAAUCACGAACGAUGCAAAUGAGAUAGGGAGAAGCAGCAAUGUCGUCGUCUUCUUUGCUGCGGUUUGGAAUCUCAAGGCCGUCUUCUUCUUAUAAGAAAUUAGUAAGCUCUCACUUCUUUGGGUUCGCUACGUCUUCUUUGUCAUGGGCAAACAACACACCUCACCACACAAAGCUCAAGCAAAAACAAAAGCUCUCUGUUAAAGGUUCAGCUCAAGAGAUUCCACAGACACUAGAAGAAGAUUCGAAGUUUGUACCUUUGGAUCCUCAAGAUCCUGUGUUCGGCCCUCCUGUUUUGCUGUUGCUUGGCUUUCAAAUUCAUGAAGCACAGAAGAUACAAGAGCUUCUUAAGGAGCUCGAUGGUGAAUUCAUGAAGAUUAUGUUAUGUACAGAAGAUAUGAUCCCACGUUCGUUAUGGGAAGCAGUUAACACAAGACAGACUGACCUGAAGAGAGUGAAAAUAGCGGAGUCGCUGCCCCGAAUCUGCUUCUUAUCUGGUUUGACAGGGGAAGAGAUGAUGAUGUUCAUUGAUGCAUUUCCAGAAUCUGGGCUAGAACCAGCUGUGUUUGCAGCUAUGGUUCCGAACAGCGCUGAUAAACCCAUCUCGGAGUUGAUGGAAGAAAUCAUGGGAGAUCAUGAGUUGUUGACCGGCAGCGGUUCCAGCUGAAGAAAGACAAGAGGACAGCUCUGGAAAGGCUCUUAUGUGUUUUGUUCCGCUAUGUGAACUCGAUCAGAUAAAAGAGUGUUGUGUUACUUGUGUUUACAUAACACAGAUAAUAUUAGUCAUUUUACAUAACAGAGAUAAUCUUAGUCAUUUUAUUA